UGGCUCCGCUUCGCUGUCGCCCGUCGCCGCGCCCGGUCGCGCUCAGCCCGGUUUCCGAAUGGACCCACCGGUGAAGGCGGGGCCGCUCCUGCUCCAGCAGCCGCCGGGGCUUCUCCUCGGGGCCAAGCGGUGGAAGAAAAGCUGGUUUGUGCUCUAUCCAGCGAGCGCUCAUGGAGUCGCUCGCUUGGAGUUCUUCGACUGCAAGGAGGGGGCCGCUCCAGCCGACCGAAUCAGCACCAAAAGGCUGGACAAGAAGAUUGUGCGGCUGGCAGACUGUGUGAGCGUCGUUCCAGUUCCGGACUGCAGCCGCAAGGAGGGCUUGGCUGCCUUCCGCCUGGAGACCAGUGACCGCACUUACGUCUUUGCCACUGACCCGCAGGAGGCGGCGGACUGGGUAUCUAAGCUCUGCGAGACAGCCUUUCUGACUAACCCUGGGAAAACAGCCCUGUCCGGCACAGAGAAAGUUGGAGAGCAGGACCUGGAAAUGGCCACGAACUCCAUUUACUACUCAAGAGAAGAAGUGAGUGAGUUCUGGGUCACAGUGCAGAAGACUGAAGCUGCUGAGCGUUGCAAGCUGCAAGGGACAUACGUGCUGAAGGCCUCUCGGAUCGGCCUCAUCCUCAGGGAGGCCCACUCCAACCUGCCGCUCUACACGUGGCCUUAUCGCCUCCUUCGCAGAUAUGGUAGGGACAAGGUGAUGUUCUCCUUCGAAGCUGGCCGGCGCUGUGAGUCCGGUCCUGGCAACUUCACUUUUGAGACCAAGCAGGGGAAUGAGAUAUUCCACGUCGUGGAGGCUGCAAUUCAGGCACAGAAGGCCCAGGUGGAAGAGCAUCGACAAAGCAACAGCUCCCUUGAAAUGGAGGCCCCUGGUGUCUUCUACCUCCAGAGCGCCAUGGCGAACUCCCUCAGCCUGGAGGGUGAGGGUGCUGCUGCUCCCGAGAGACGGGUACCCAGGAGCGCACUGGCAGCCAAGCCCAGCAUUGCCACGGAGGAGAAGGAAGCAGCUGCAUCCAAAGGGCAGAGCCUCCGAGACCCGUCUGGCCAGUGGCCUAUUUCCUCCCUGUGGUCCCCGCUCCCUGGGACGACCAGCCCUUCAGAGGAUGCCGCCAAUGUUUACUCCGAGCCCCUGGAUGCCGUGAAGGGCUCUCGGCUCAGGCCGGACUCCCUCUAUGCCGACCCGGUUGACAGCCAGCGCGAGGAAGAAGGGCGUGCCCAGGACCCUGGCCUGGCAGAGGAGCAGCUGAGGUCACGGCCUGGUGGGGGCCACAGGCUCCUGAGCGGCAAGCUGCACAUCUACGAUGAGCCUGAGGGAAGGGCCCCGUUGCCAGCUCCUGCUUUGGCUGCCAUCUAUGAUGAGGCGCGCCUCCCCUGCGAGGCCUGGCGGACUCAGGGCCUGGAGAGCCAGGCUGGCUAUGAGUUGCCGUGUCGUCCUGGAACUGGUGAGUAUGCUGUCCCCGCCUUCCACCCAAAGGCCGGACCAAAGCCUCCGCGGCCAAGCCCUGCCCCCAAGCCUCCCCGGGCACACAAGAAGUCCACCCAGCCGGAGGCCGGCAAGCCCAGAGUGGCCCCCACCCUGGAGGGGCCCCGUAACAGCAACAACAGCAACAACGGCGGCGACCCCGUCUAUAGCCACGUGUUCAAGCCACCCCCGGCCCCUGGCCCUUCGGGACACGAGCAGUCUGUGGACGAGAGCCGGCCCGUCGCUGUGUACGAAGACCUGGGGGAGAUAUGAAGCAACCUUUGGAGGCGUCCGGAGCCACCUUUCCAGGGGACCUCUCUUUGGCAGGCUGCCUGCUUCUGCUGCCCCUUCCUGCCAGGGAGGGAGGCCAGGCAGCCUGGCACACUCACUUGCUUUUGGAAGAGGGGAGGAGCCGGCAAGAGACAGGAGGGAGCGGCCCUGUUGGGCA